AUGUCGACAGCAUCAACAGAAGGACAUGUUAAUCCUUAUAAAGUAUUAUACAAUCAAGAUAUAAAGAGUGCUUCAAAUAUACCAACUGUUUCAUUCAUUGAAAACGUUGAUGAAUACUUAAAAGAUAAGGAAUUAGAAACAGUUUUUAAACAAUUACAAGAAGGUUACAACAAAUAUAAAUACUUUGAAUCAAAACUUACAAACAAUGUAUCGAUUUUGACAAACAGAUCAAAACAAUUACAAGAGACUAUAAAGAUUAUUGAUACAAUGGAAACUAAACAAGAAGAUACAUUUACAAUGAAUUAUGAAUUAUCAGAAGGAGUAUUCUCAUCUGCAGAAAUCUCUAAACCAAAAUCAGUUUAUUUAUGGUUAGGUGCCAACAUUAUGUUGGAGUAUUCUUUUGAUGAGGCAAAGCAAGUACUUGCCAAGAACCUCAGUUCAGUAGAAAAACAACUUAGCGACACUAUUCAAGAUCUUGGUUUUGUUAAAGAUCAAAUCACUACCACCGAUGUCAACGUAUCACGUGUUUACAAUUACGAUGUCAUUCAACGCCGUAAGAAACCUGUUGGAGCUCCAAAGGAAGAGGAAAAAUAA